UCGAGCUAACGUAUUUGGAACGUGCAGUAACGGUGAUAUAGAAAUUAUCUAUUACGAGGAACAGUAUCGCGAAAGGUCAAUGAAUGUACUUCGCUCAAAAAGACUUAGAGCAACUUUGCCUGGAUGUAGGUCGAAGCGGGGUUUCAUUGCUCGCGCGCUAUAAAUCUAGUGGGGAAAUAGUUGGAGUGUCAUUCAAUGUACUGCAGACGCCGAGUUCUCCUGGAGAUUUGAAUUACUUUGAAACCUUCCGUGAUCACAAUUGUGUGUCCGAAAGCUCUAAAAGUCUCAUGCAGUAUAUGAUAACCAUGGAUUCCAAAAUAAACCUGUUCCAAAAGUUUGGAAUUGAUUGCCUGUUAGAAAUUAUGUUUUUAGCGACAUUGCCGGAGUUUGAAGGAAAAGGUAUUGGGACCAAACUUGUCGAAAGUUCCGUCGAACUUGCAACACAACUGAAAGAUGGACAAAGAAUGGAGAACCUUCCGGAAGACGCAAAGCACAAACGGCCGAAAUUGGUGUCAGCUCUGUUCACGGGUAAAGGCUCACAAAAAGUGGGCAUUAAAAAUAAGUUUAUUGAAAUCAACGAAGUGCCUCACUCAGAGUUUGUAUUCCGAGGUAAAACCUAUAGCGACCGAAUUGGACCUGAUCACCCAAACUCAAUAUUAGUGGUAAAACAUAUUUGAAGUUUAUUUUACUAAAUCAAGCUUUUGAAAUGUUAUUAAAUGUUUUAUACUUUUUGCGAUUA